AUGAUCGUAUGUCUUCGUACAACCGGAACCGUGGUAAUUAUAGUCGUGACAACCUGUAGAACAAGAAAACAAGAAGCAGUAAAAACUUAUCUCGUCGGUUCGACGUGCACGUUGCUCGUACAUCAAGUACCUAGAACUACUGGCCGUUGCUCGUCCGGAGUCACAAGUUUCUUGUGACAACUUCCAGCACCAGCGUAUGACGUGGAGCGCUGUAUCUCAUGCGUCUUUUUCCACAAGCAAACGAAUUUGAAUUUCUU